UCAGCAUGGAUAGGGAUGGCCCUGCUGAUGUGGGGCUGCUGUGGUUCCCAGAUCGCGGCGAAGCUGGAGCCUCUGGGGGAGGAGGAGGAGACCCGUGCAGACCUGAACCCCUGCCGCCGGCAGCCCUCAGGCUGCACCAUCUUCCUGGGCUUCACUUCCAAUCUCAUCAGCUCCGGCAUCCGCGAGACCAUCCGCUACCUGGUGCAGCACAACAUGGUGGACGUGUUGGUCACGACAGCAGGUGGCGUGGAAGAAGAUCUCAUCAAAUGCCUGGCUCCGACCUACGUGGGGGAGUUCAGCCUGCGAGGGAAGGAGCUUCGGGAGAGCGGGAUCAACAGGUAUAGGCGGGGGGGGGGUAACAGCUGGGAGGCAGGACUCCUGAUUUGGGGGAGAAUAGUGGCUAGUGGGGGUGAAGUGGACCCCGCAUGGCUGGGCAAGGAAAUGAACAACCCCGAAUCGGUCUAUUACUGGGCACAGAAGAACAACAUCCCGGUGCUAAGCCCGGCCCUGACAGACGGUUCCCUGGGGGACAUGAUCUUCUUCCACUCCUACAAGAACCCCGGCUUGGUGCUGGACAUCGUGGAAGAUCUCCGGCUGAUCAAUACCCAGGCCAUCUUUGCCAAGAAGACGGGCAUGAUCAUCCUGGGAGGGGGGCUGGUCAAACACCACAUCGCCAACGCCAACCUGAUGAGGAACGGUGCCGACUACGCUGUCUACGUGAACACGGCGCAGGAGUUUGACGGUUCCGACUCGGGGGCCCGGCCGGACGAGGCCGUGUCCUGGGGGAAGAUCCGCAUAGACGCCAAGCCAGUGAAGGUUUACGCCGACGCCUCCCUGGUUUUCCCGCUGCUGGUGGCUGAGACCUUCGCCCAGAAAGCCAACGCCUUUGUCUUGGAGAAACAGCACGACUGAGCCUGGCCCAGCAGGGCCCUGGACUGACGCCGUGUGGGGGGGGGGCUGGAUGGGGAGGCAAGCCCUGGGCCAGGAGCAAAGGGGCUGCUACCCAAGCUCAACUUCUUCCCAGAGAUUGCCCCCCAGCCUCUGGCCCUGUGCCGGGCUGGCUCUGGGAUCCCUCCUGGGCCCUCAGACUGGGGGAAGGCAGGAGGGAAGUGGGGGAGGGGCUGGCUUGCCCCCCUUCUCUCUUUAGCCCCCUGGAGCACGCCUGGGCUUCUGGGCCGGGCCCAGCUCAGCUGCUGCCCGGCGGGUGGCCCUGCCUGCCCGGGAGGGCUGGGGCUCUCAGCGCACUGAGGCGUUAGGCCAGGGCAGGGUCAUGACCUGCUGCCCACUGGGGGUUGGCAGAACCUGGCUCCCCCCCCCC